CAGAUCGCCAUAUUUCCGAGUAAAGGUUGACCGUUUUCUUCCUAGCUGCGCUGAUUUCUAUCCAUUAAUCCAGUCAAAACUAUGGUGGAUUACAGUAAAUGGGAUCAUAUUGAAGUAAGUUUUCAUUUUACCGAUAUUAUAACGUGUAUUUUAAUAUCCACCUAUGACAAAUUCUGAGCUGAAUUGGAUGUGAAAAAUACGACUCAGAUUGACCAUGUUCCUUAUGAAAUCAAAGUAUACACCAUUGCCCUCAGCAUACAGUUGAUCAGCCAUUACACAAGUACAAACAUAAAUUUUCAAAUUUCUUUUGGUAGCAUAUAUACUAACUUCCCCUAGACAAUAACAUUUCUCUAAAAUAUUUUUCUAGUUUAGUGAAAUAAUUAUUCAAGCUUAAUCUUCCUAAUGCAAUUGUAAGCAUGAGCUUUAUCAUCCAUGAGCUUCUCUCUGGGUAUUUGCAGACGUUGCUUUCAUUGUGGUUGCCCAUCAAAAGUGUGGUUCUAAAAAAUAUCCAAACCCCUGGAGGGAAUUUCACUGAAGACCCCCUUAGGUACCGAUCGCUUAUUAUGCCCGGAAGGGGGAGGUACUUUUGUUGUGAGGGGGAGGUACUUUUGUUGUCAGCAACAAAAUGUUACCGGUAUAAAGGUUGACCAAGGAACCUAUCAGCUAUUUCUCCUACCAGGAAUGUAGUGUGCAUGUAUACACGUACGCCUAUGGAUAUAGUACCCUGGGUACCAGAGGUUUUUCUCGCGUGUGGUGGGAAUUUUCAGUGUUGGCUGAAGCUUAAGGCUGACACAUUUUCGGCCUCAAGUGGCGAAGCGGUGAGAAAAAACCUCUGGUAUGGAGGGGUGCUAUUUACCGUCCCUGUUGACCUUGGAACUUUUUUAUUGGGUUACAUUUACACCAAGUCUCCAACUGUGAUCAUGUGGACCGGCACGUGAAGAAAUGUCCAAAGACUCACAUUAUCCUUAGAAAAACAAGCUUGAGUUUAAAAUUCAAAGUAAUCAUGACUGAGUCACAUCGCAGUUCUCCAUAGUUGAUGUAACUUCAGUUUAAGCUGCAAUUCAUUCUUUAAGAUUUGGAUCUGAAAAUCACUAUCCGUGAGAAUUUAACAUCCUGCUAAAAAUGCUAUUGAAUGAGCUGGGCCCAACGUGACAAAACAUUUCAGGAAACUGUCACAUUCACGGACAAAAAGAAAAUUGGUUAUAAUAAUUCAGAUCGUGAAAGGUUUGAACCGAGGGGUCAUUUCAAAAGUAGGUUGAGUUUGAUCGUCCGGGUGAACGUAGCCCUGAAUAGGACUGUUGUUGUUGACAGUGACUGAUGUUUCGACAACCUGUGCGGUAGUCAUCUUCAGAGUCAAAGUGAGUUGUAUCACAUCAGUUACACCAUAAUAUGAGACCAAUAACUAGACUAACCAGUUAAUACAGCGCUACAAUAACCAGCAGACAGUCAAUUCGGCACUACAAUAACCGAUACUUCUGAGCUAAUCAGUAAUUGAUGCAUUUCGAUCCUUCUAUUGUCAGAGUUAAACAGUCAUCUAUUGUUAGUCACAUUGUCAGUUCUCCAGUCGUUCUCUCGUAGUUAGUUUUGCUUGAUCUCGUCAAUAAGUCAUUUGUACGGAGCUGGUAACUGUUGGCUACGAUUCAGUGGCAUUUGUUCUAAGUUAGUAAACUAGCUUUAUUUUUAAAGUAAGACGUUGAUAGUAGUCUGUAGAAUUCGUUAUACAUGUCGCAGAGUCCCAGUCAAUUUGAUGUUUCGUCUUUAAAUGGUGCUCAGCAGUGUGAUUGUUGACGUCACCAUUCCUCAUCACUCGUUUGUGUUCGGUCAGUUGCGUACUUAGGUAAUAAUAAUUCAGAUCGUGGAGGCUCUUUGGAGAAAUUAAACAACCUAAAACCGUUAUUUUAAUAGCUGCAAUGAAGAGCUUGACAUUUCAAAAGAGGUCAAAGAAAAUGCUCUUGCAUCAGAGGGCAAAUCAUGCUGACUAGAAAUAAUAACCGCAGAAAAUCAAUAUGCCUGUCAUGACCUCUUAGUAUGAAAUAAGCGGCAAAAAUCAAAUUUUUUCAGUCAAAACAUUUUCCUCCAGAGGUCCCAGAACAUAAUCUACUCAUCAGAUAAAAAAAAAAUUCAUUGGACCAGGCAGCAUUUUGGCAUGAGGUAAAAGCUGUGUGUUGCUUACUGACCCCCUUUUUGUACUAAAAACUUUUGGAAAAGUUGAACGUGAUAAAAGCUUAAUUCUGUUGAAUAAAAUUAAAUACCCCACUUGUUUGCUCAUCGCUUAACUUGUCUACACUGUCAAACCGUUCUGGUACAUUGCUUAUGCGUUCCUUCCAUGCUCUUUCAAAAUUUUCCAAAGCCAUCAUCACAACACUUCUUGCAGGUACACUUCAGUCACGUCAACAGUACAGUUGGAAAUAUUCUUUCCCUUGCUAGUCUAUUCUUGUCAACCAAUUGUAGCAUCUGUUAGAUUAAAAGUCCCUCACGUGUCGUUAGGAGCCAAUCAGCUGUCGUGUCCAAGAUCUGCACCAGCUGAUUUAACUGUGCUAAUGAUUGGAUCGGCGCUAUCAAAGCAAUACUAGUAGCGCUCUGCUCCAGAAGUCUUUUUUUGCGCGGGUCACUAUAAAAGCUUGACAGAAACCGGAAACCGUGAGAGAAAAGUCUUUGGCACCCAGGGUAUGCAUAUAGCUGAAAUCUGGAAAAAUACAUUUUUUUAUUAUUAUUUCCUGAAAUCAUCGUUAUCAUUAAAUCAGGAUAAAUAUUUCGCAUUAUAUUGGUGUUUUUGUGUUAGAAUUUCCUUUAUCCUUUUACUGAUUAAGUGGAGUGGAGUUGAUCUGAACGUGAAGCCACAGACCUUGUUUGAGACUUUUGACCUAGCCAGCUCCAAUUCUAUCCCGGAGUAUAUGUAGCUUUCAUAACUUUGUUGACUUAUCCUGUACUGUCAACGUGCACCGCUGAGCUUAGCUUCUGCGGUAGGAAGAGACUGCAAACUCCUUAAUAAUUUAUGAAAGACUAUGACAGACGAGAGAUUGAGUUCUCUUGCAGUUCUGUAAUUGAUAUUGAUGGCAUUCAGUAACAGAGUUUGCCUGUCUGAAGGGUACACUCUCGCCCUUUGCUUGUAACCUCCUGAAUUGCAUCACUGUUUUACCCUUUCUUGCCAUAAACACUGUACCUUACCGAUAACACUAGAAAUGGGUAAAAAAAAAAUACUUCAUUUUCCUUCGUCUUUAUUUAUUGAAAAUGUCCUGCAGAAAACGCAGGAUAUGGCAUUUCUGAGACCCUAAAUUAAAAAAUUUCUGGGAGAGUAUACCCCCAGACUCCCUCAGGUGUGGGGUGCCUUUGGCGUGCUUACUUUUCCCCUGCAUGCACCUUCAAAAUCUCACACUAGGCUGCUGACUACCGGUAUCUUAUAGCUUAUGAGAUCAAUGCCCACGGAUGGAAGAAGAGACUUGGUCUAGAAGGGGUUGGGGGGUACAAUUUUCAUAUGUAAUUAUUAUUAUUAAUGUUUUUUUUUUGGAGGCGGGGGGGGAGGGGGGUAAAUUUUUAUGCAAACACUUUUUUUAACCCCCCCCCCCCCCCCCGGACAACCAACAAUGGGUCCCUUACCCUCCCGGAUUUUUCUUUUUUUAGGGAAAUCAUGUCCCCCACACCAUUAAUUCACCCCUUUUUUUCAUGUGUAAAAAAGACCCUCCCCCCCACCUUCUUGUCAAAAUUCCUUUUCACAAGUGGCUGCCUACCGGUUUUUUAUAGCUUAUGAGACCAAGGGCCACGGAGGGAAGGAGAGGUUUGGGCUAGUAGGGGUUGGGGGGUACAAUUUUUAUAUUUAAUUAUUAUUAUUAAUGUUUUUUUUUUGGGGGGGGGGGGGGAGGGGGGUAAGUUUUGAUGCAAACACUUUUCUGAACCCCCUCCCCCCCCCAAGGACAAUCAACGAUGGGUCCCUUACCUCCCUGGAUUUUCAUUUUUGUAGGGAACUCAUGUCCCCCCAACCAUAAUUUCCGCACUUGUGUACAUGUGACAAAGACCCUCUCCCCCCAACUCUUCUGGAAAACUUCAUUUUCAGAAUAAAAGGUUACUUAGGUAAAAGGACAAGGCCAUUUGCGGUUGGUACACAAUGGUUCCCAUUUAUUGAUAAUAAGUGAUCUCGCAGCAUCAGAACACACUGUGCUACCUACAGUACAAAGUAACCAAAUUUGUUCCCUUUAAAUGAAAGAGAUUACGUUAAGUUGUGUCUGUGAAUUUACCUUAAUUUGCAAACGUACGAUUUGUUUUCCCUAAAGUGACCAAAAUCCACUAUCUCUUACAGGGUUCUCAAUAGAUUUUUAAGUAGGAGGUGAUCACUGAUAAAGUAGGAGGCUCUUCAGCAAAGCCAGAGGUGUCAAAACAAAGCAAAGAAAAGCCACCUAAACACAAAGUAAGCGGCUAUAAAUCCCAAAGUAAGCGGCGAUCAAUCCCUGGGUGCCGCCUUCUAUUGAGAACCCUGUCUUAACAACAUCGGUCAAUGCAUCAUCAAAAGAAUAGGUUAUGAGUAUUUUUUAGCAUUAAUAAAGUGAUCACCACGGAUUUCUCUCAGCUAAUUCUUUAAGGAAAUAUAUGGACAUCAGUGUGGAACAUUUGCUUGUGGAUACUGGGGCUUAAAAAGUGUUAAAUAUAAAAUAUACUUUUAAGGGGAUUAUUAUUGCAAAUCUUAAGAUGGUCAUCCUCACGCAUUUUGCUGUAGGUCAGUGAUGAUGAAGAUGACACCCACCCCAAUAUUGAUACACCCAGUCUGUUUAGAUGGCGGCAUCAAGCGAGAGUGGAAAGAAUGGAGGAAGCGAAGAAAGAAAGAGAAUCAAUGGAUACAAAGAUUUCCCAGUAAGCCAGUUAAAAUAGGACAAUUUUUAAUGAUAAGAUUGUCAAUAAAGAGGAAUCCGCAGAGGCUGGUGGGGCCGAGAACUGUUGACAAGUGCAGGUUUAGUGCUAAUUACCUUAACCUUUCACAAAGGUCCUUAUGAGGCUACAACUCUGUACCUGCAAUGGUUUCUCCAGGCCGGAUGCUAUGCUAUGAAGGGAGAGAUACCACUGCGAGCAACUGUUUGCUUUUCCAUUGAGCAUGUAUACAUCAAAACAUCAAAUGAUAUCACUUUCUUUUCAUUCCCAGGAAUCAUUAGAAACUUUAGCAUCCAACAACAUGACAGCAACGAGAAGAUCAAAAUAACAAUUUGUUUAAUAAAGCAAAACUACAACUUGCACUUGCAUCAUUCAUUUUUGUACAUUUUCUUGCUUUUUGCCAACUAGGUCGUGAAAAUGCCUAAUUUUGCGUUUUAUGGAGAACGUGAACAAGCAAUGAUGAAAUUUAGUUUCUUUUUCUGAACUUGGAUAUGGUCCUUGGGAAUUCAAGUCCAGUUGGGUCUGCCUGUAUUUGACAAAGUGGUUAGAAGUGACUGUAAGCAUAAGCAAAUGCGUGAGAGUCUUCACUUGUUUAAUUUAAACUUAUUUUUAAACGGGAUUUAUCUGUCAAAGUUUAAUUUAUUCAUCCCUGGCGCUGGAUGGUGGCUUGAUAAAAGAAGCUUGCAAAUAGUUGCUUGCAGUGAUUUCUCUUGCUAUGUAGAGUAGCGCCCGGCCUGGAGAAUAAGCCGCUGCUUGCAGGGCUUAUGAGGUAACUGACUACCCUUCCAAUCCCAGAUGAAACAUUGCUGGCCAGCAAUGUUUUGUGUUUAACUUGAUAGCCUAAAUUUCAUUUCUCAUUUUCUUAGCUCUCUCUCAAACACCAGCUGUAAGAAAUAAGUACACUGUAUAUUAAAGACAUCAAUGCUCCUGUUCUGUUCUGAAACAUUUAGAUCUGUUGCUAAUUACAGUGUAUGGUCCUAAAGGGUACAUAGUACAAUAUGAUAUAAUUAUUAUGACCAGUGAAAAACAUUACAAGGGAGGUAGUUUUUCUUUUUACCAGAUACAAAAAAGCAAAAUUUAAAUAACAAUACCACUUGCGAUUAUUAAUUCUGGAACAUUUCCCUCUUUGUCGUGUUAUUUUUGUUUGGUUUCUUGUUAUGGUUGCACUUCAGAUUUAAAAUGUUAACUGGUGCAGUCGUAAGAUAAAUAGAGGAUAUUACAUGGCCGUGCGGAGUUACGAAAUUUCUCUUCGAGUGUUGAAAAAUAUUUCACGAGGGAGCGCAGCGAAUGAGUGAAAUAUUCUUUCAACACGAGAAGAGAAAUUUCGUAUCUCCAAGCGACCACUUAAUGUUCUAUUUAUUAUAUAAACACCAAUGAAAUACCAAACCAUUUUACUUAAAUAGUUUUUUGGUCUGAAAGGUGUGGUAUAUUAUGAAGCCAUAACAAUGGUGAUAUUUUCACAUGUGAAGAUAACACAGGGUCCGAAAUUGCGCCUUCCUGGUCGCCAAUGUGACUAAAAAUUUAGUCCUGGCGAACAGAAUUUCAUAGCUGGUCGCCAGCUAGCGACUUGUAAAGCUGGUUGUUAUCGUGGACUUUAACGUUUGGAGAAACUGAUUAAGAAUUGAAACCUCAAAGCUAUUUGCCAACAGGUGUUUUACUUUUUGUCCUGCUAAUAUUUUUAAAUUAAAAGUGAAACGAAUCUUCCUGUACUAAUACCUCCAGAACAGCUACGAUCAAUACGAGUUAAACGUUUCCAAGCUGCCAUGUUGUUUUCAGCUGAAAUACGGUAAGUACGUCAUGUACUUUGUGGACUAGUACGAGUAAUGUGGCACGGUUGUGGCCUGGUACGAGAGACAUGGCGGCUUGACUCUUAGCUUGACUCAUGUUUAUGUUUCGUGUUUCGUGGUAGUUAUCGGAAGAAAAUAGAGUUUUGAUACUAUCAGUGCAGUCAUGGGCAGACAGCUUUCUGUUCCUAUGUUCUAGGUCAGAUAGCUUUAUAUCUCCAAAAAGCAAUUUGUGGAGAAAAAAUAAGACUUCACUCGUACACGUAUAGUUGCUUUCUGGUAUCGGGAGCGGAAGUAGUGCAAUUUUUGACCAUAAAAACGUCCAUACCAUGCAUUUUUUAUUCGUGUUUAAACUUUUAUUUGAAAAAAAGGGAGGGGAAAUUUUUGGCGACCACAAUAUGUUCUCUGGCGACCAAAAAUUUAUACCUGAUCGCUAGUUGGCGACCUUAUUAGAAAGUUAAUUUCGGACCCUGUUUAACAUGUUAUUUUCACAUGUGAAGAUAUCAAGUUUUCGCGCGAAAGCUCACUUGGUAUUUCAUUAGUGUUUAUAUAAUAGUAUGUAAUAUUAUUGUAUGACGUGUUUGGGUCUGUAUGAAGUUUCUCAAGUUUAUUUCUGGCUGUAAUUAAAUUGAUUCAAAACUAUGUACAACAAAGGUAAUGAACAGUUGCAUAAUAUGGUGUGAUCUUUUGACAUGUUUCAUGUGUUUUUUUUUUUUUUUUUCUAGAAAUAAAAAGAAACUUGAUCAAGUAAGACAGCAACUUAAGGAUGUGAAAGUAGCAGAUGAUAAAGCAGAGCAACUGAAACAACAGUUGACUGAUUUAGAGAAAAAGGUUAGGAUGUCCUAGGACAAAACGACUUUGAAUUUAUUAGAAUUUAGAACAGCCUUAUUUGCUAAAUAGAGAAAGUUGUUGAUAAAUUAUUAUAUUAUCAUGUACUAAGGUAGCAUUUUAAGUACAGAAGUUUGUCGUAGCAAAUAUCAGUUUUUUUACAUUGAGGAAACAGCAAACUGAUCAACAAUGACAAAACAAUACAGUCUGUUAAACCUACAUUAAGCAGCCACCCUCAGGGUACCAGUAAAUGGCAGCCAGGGGAGGUUGGCGACUCAACAGAGGUUCAUCAUAAAUUAGCAUUAUGUUUAGCAAAAACAGGAGCAGCAUUACUGGUCCACAAUAUUGGUCGUCACCUUCUAUCUUGGACUGUAUUUUUCUUCAUCAUUAUUCUUGAUAUAAAGCUAAACUUAGUGUAUCAAGCGCUUGAUGGGUGCUUUAUAUAGGCAGACACUUAAAAGCAGUUUAAGUUCUUAUUGUGACCAUUGUGACUUUGAUUACUGCCUGUUUAAUAGAGAGUGGCAGCUUAAUUGUUGGGUGCUAAAUGGAGGUUCAACUUACUGUAAUAAUUAUUAUUGUGAUCUGCCUUUGAAUAAAUAACCCUUUUGGCUCCUUCACAAAAGUAGAAAUUGUCCUUGGCUGGUUUCUAUAUAUUUCUGUCACAUACUUUUGAAAAACAAACUGGAGAAAUUGUAACAUUAUGGUGUUUAGCAAAAUUAAUUUUUUUCUUUAUAGCAAAAACAACUUAAAAAAGAAGAUGAAGAGUUAACCAAGAAGGAAAAGGUAAGUAAUUGCCAAUGAUCUAUUUAUUCUUUACCGAUAUUCUGUCACACUUUGUACUUCCUAGUGUUUCUGUGAAGUAUGGUUCUAAUAGAUCAUUUUCACCUGACCUCACAACUUGUACCAAAACAAUAAAACCCUGGCAGCCAUGUUUUUGUUUGGUCCACGAAAAAAUUCCUGGGAGGGUUGAACUCUUUUCUCUUGCAAAAACUUUCUCUUGUUCCAAGAAAUUUACAUACAUGUAGCAGCAGACAAAGUGUGUGAAAAUGAUGUUCCAUCUCAGUAAUUGUAUUAGUAAUGAUAAUGACCACAGGAGGGGUGGAAGUAAGCUUCUGAACAUCAUGCUCUUUAACAACUCUGAAGUGGUAUAAAACAAAAACUGGUUCUGAAGAACACCAUUACACCAUUCUUGAGCAAAAAAAAGCAACAACAAUUUAAUGCAUGAAAUCAGCUACUUACUACAGCCCUUAUCACUGUAAACUUCCUUGGUCUGUACAGUACAUGUUAUACCAUGGGUGACAAAUUACUUCUUGAGGGGGGCGUAAGGGGGAUACGAAUACCGCAAUACCGCACAUAGUAGCGCGAGAAUACCGCAAUACCGCAUCAAAAUUUAGCCAAAUACCGAAACUGCAGUUACAAAUGGGAAAAAGUUGACGUUGUCAAUACUACAAAUCCUCCUUUCAAAUAGAAAUAAUACUCAGUUUUAUGUCAGUGUUUCCAAGUAAAGGUGCGUCGAAGUCAAGCAUGCAAUAACAUAAGAUCAUCGCCCUCGUAUAAUUUUGUUCAUUACAUGUAUACGUUUACGUAAAUGAUACAACGGGGGUACCUGGGUUAAUUUUUGCUGGGUAUGUGCCGCUGGCCUCUCAGAACCCCUACCCCAUUAUAGACUAUUCUGUGGUCAAUUAUAUAAUAGACCCCAUCUUAGUCUCUUUUGGACAAAUAUUUAAUUGUCGCGAUCCCAGCUUAUUCACUUUCUAUUUUUUAUGAAUUGACCAUUUUUUAGAUUGAAUGAAGAACACUUUACUUUUCAUCUACAGUACAAACAUUCUGGUACGUUUGCUAACCGUAAAUAUGAAGAACUGUCUUACCCCCCAAAAUCAGAAAAUGCGCGACCCCAUUCUAGUAACUCUCUUAAAAAUGCGACCCCAUCCAGCGGCACAUCCCCAUUAGCCUAUUAUAAGGAAGAAACCCCCCCCCCCCCCCCCUCUCCGACCCGGGCUACCAUGUUACGUAGGCUAAGCACACACGAAUACUUGUACAUUCUAUAUUUCUGCAUGCACAACGAGAAGGACGAGUAGUAAACUUUAGACCACACCAUCUUCACAUUACGCAAUUUAUAACGACCUCACUGACGUCACUAUUUGCUGGAAUAUCUGACUGAUCACUUAGUUGACCCUCUGGAUCGCUCGCCAUUGUUUCGCGACUGGCACGAAGGUGGCGGUAAGAUUGGUAAGGAGGUUAUAAACCAAGCUGACUAUUCCCACAAGGUCCAUGAGGUCAUAAAUAAUGCGACAUGUUUACGUAUCAUUGGAUAAAAAAGUUAAUGUCGUUAAUCAUAUGAGUAUUAACUGAAAUUACGAGCGAUACGAUUUGUCUGGACUGUUUGCGCAAUAUACGAUUCCCGACUGCACAGCUAUAGGAAGACACGCAGGUCACGCCGGCUAGCUAGGGAGACCUUUCAGGAUUUGUAUCCUCUCGGCAUGAAAAAGAAGCAGAUCACCGCGACACAACGAUUUUUUCACCGACUACCGCGACAUAAAAUUUAAACUUACCGCACACCGCCUGGUCUCUGAAAACCGCAAUACCGUACUUUGAAAUAAAAAUUACCGCAACACCGCACCAAAAAUAACCCAAUACCGCAAUACCGCAAACCCUUACCAGGGACCGCGGAACAAGGUGAAAAGUGGGAGGGCUGACGAUUGAAAAUAAUUUUUUCAUAUUGAAAAUCGAAAAAAGGAAUAAAAUCAUAGUAUUUGAUUUUCCAAAAGUGGGGGCGGGGGCGCAAAAAAACUCCCCCCCCCCCCCCCCCCUUCUUCAUUUUGGCACAAAAUUUCAGCAUUUUAUAUAUCAUUUCAAUUGUGAAUUUACAAUGUUGCUAUGGUGACUUUUCCUACAGUACCAAAAUGACAUCCAGGUUAUUCUUUAAAUCCACUUGACACCAUUUGAUUACACAUACUUAUCGCAUGGGCUAGAGUUCAAUUAAGGGUUAAAUUAAUUGGUAAGAACAUUUCAAAACAGUUCUAUAUUCAUGUCAAAAUCAGUGUGAUUGUUGUUUAAGACCAGUUGGCUUGCCAGAACGCUGCACCGGUAUCACAGAUGUUACGGUUUGAAUUUUGGUGCAGUAAGCCUGAGUUUUUACAGGCUUUCUUUUCACAAUUGCUUGAGUUGUGUUUUAAACUGUGAUGAUCUUCUCACCAUUCCUUUUGAAGUUUACUUAAUCAACUGUAUAUUUACUGUCCUAGAUACAUGUCUCAUAUUUUUUAAAUUUUUUGCAAAUUAUACUGUCAUCAUUGGCUUUAUGAUUAAUUUUCUUUUCCAUGUGUAUGUUUGUUAUAGAAAGCUCCAAAGAAUGUUGAUACACUAAGUCAUGCAGGAUUUACCAGAACAGUAAGUAUGCAAUCCAGUUUUUUUUUUUUAAAUCGAAUAAACAACAAUGUGCUAGUGAUCAGACCAUUAAGGACAAAAAAAUUACAGUGUUUGAAUUCGUCAAUUGGCCAGUUUUGAGUUAGACUGCGAGCUGUCUCUCUUUUUCUUCAGUCACGCGCGUGGUCAUCUGCUUGUCUCGGGCGUUUUGUGGGACGGACCAAGAAAAAAACAUUUUAAACGUGGCUCUAAGGCUGCAGGAAAUAAGGCAAAAGAAACGAAGAAUUUAUCCCUGAAUUUCAAUGUGAUUUCUUUGGUUAGAGAGCCAAGCAUGAGUUUUGACAGUUCAAAGUUAGGCCUAUGGAAACCUUCUGAGUCUGGGAUACAAUAGAUUUUUCAGUUUUUUAACCUCAUUUUCCACUGCUGCCUAUACAAGGAAGGAAAAUGUACAUGUAAAUCAUUUUGCACAUGCACCUUAUGUAAACAACUCAUUUUUACAUUUUUGUUAUAAAUCAGAUAAUAAAUGCACCAAAGAAGAAUCCAGAUGAUAGUUUGACCGAAGAUGAGAAAGCUGAAAGAUCUGUACGUCACAUUUUUUCAUUUUUGUAAAUGGAGGCCUUAGUUAAGGCCUGGCAACUAGCUGGAUUUUUUUCUUUUGCUAUCUCAAGUUCAACUUUUCAGUAACACGUGUUGAUAGUCCAUAGGUUUGCCUUCUACUAAUUGGAAUUCUUAACUUUUUCAUGCGUUUUUUAAAAAAAUUAUGUGAUUUAUUUGUUUCACGUUAUUGCUAAUGCCUCUUUCUUAGUUGUGUUGCUGUAAAUUUGACCCCUUCACGGUCGUGAGGGUAUCCUGGGUAAUCAGGACAAGAUGGCGGGAAAGUAAAAAGUUUGUAUGGCAACUCAAAGUCAACUGAUUCUUCCUAAUUGAACAUAUUUAUCACUUCCUCUUUGCAAACUUUAACCAAUGAACUAAAAGAAACUAAACACUAAAUGUGGAGAGCACAGUAAUCAUUUGUCACUUUUUAGAAAAUAUGACUUCUUCCAUACAUUAAUUAAUGUGUAAUUUUUGUGUUGUUGGAUAACAGGAAAAAAAAAAAUGGGUGGAACACUCAGGUUUUCUAAACAGCAACAAAGGACUGCUAUGCACUCCAGAUUUAGUGUGUAGUUUCUUUAAGUUUUAAUUUAUUAGUUACAAUUUUCAUUCAUUCUUUGUAUUUCCAUACAAACUUUUGAUUUUCCCCCCAUACAACUGUAAAGGAGUCUAUUGCUGAGGGUAGACAGAGCUCAAUAGUAUCAUUGUUAAAACAUAACAGAAUGCACCUUGCGCUGAAAUUAUCCAGAAAAAGAAAUUUCCAUUUCACCUUUAAUUACUUUAUCGUGCAUCAUUUUCCGUAUUUUAACUGUGUGUUUUUUUUUUUUUUUUUAUAGCAAGCCUUCAUGGACAAAUACAAAAAAGAAAUUGAACACUUUGGAAUGCUGCAGGACUACAAUGAUAGUGAAGAUUAUUUGCGUAAGAAUCCUCACUUGGCUUGUGAGGACACUGCAAACUAUCUUGCAUUGUGGUGUAUCAGCUUGGAAGUACAAGAGGUGAUUUAAGGUGGCUCCGUAAUUAAUACAAGAGCAUUUAGCUGUGAAAAAUUUUCCGUCAUAACUUUUACGAUUUUAACCCGAUGGCUACGAAACUUUGCAAAGAACAACAGAUAUCAUUCGGCAAUAAUACGAAAUAUUCCGAUUUCAUUGAUGGUAAAUAUUUCUUGAGAAAUUAGCGGUUAAAAGGACCCUACUGUUCAAAGAAAAUCGCGUCUAGUAAAAAAUUUUGCUGAUAUUUUUUACUGAAAUUUCUGGUAUCGGCUUUAAUUGAUAUAAUAAAUAUGCCAGAGGAAUUUCAGAAAAAUCGUUGGAGCAGAAGUCCGUAAAUAAAAGUCGCUCAAAAUUCAGCUGUGAAAUUGUUUUGGAAUUUCAAAAAUAAAUUACUAUCAGGAAGAAGGAGCCACCAGUUUGAAUUUUCGGGACAAGUAAAUUCAACGCUUGCUAAUUCUUAAAAAAAAAGCCGAUUGCCUAUCGUGCUAUUCUUUAAAAGGUACUUUUUAGUUUUAGAAGCACCAUAAAUUGCACCAAACCUUGCUCUGAAGUAGAAUUACUUGUUCUUCGACAGUUUUAAAAUAUCCCUUGGCAGUUUUGGCUGAAACUCCUGCUGCAUAUAUUUUGAUGUGUUGCCAUGCAUUUUCAACGACUUUUACCGCUGUUCGUUGCCUCCAACUCAGGAAAAAAGUAUUGAGAUUGGACGCUACCUCGUAUCCGAGCUCAGAUAGAACUGUCCAGCACCUUUGUUUAUGACUACAAAAUGAGCACGAGCGGCAGUUCUGCGAGGAAUUCGCACCUCACCCAGGGGGGACGAACGACAAUGAUGACCAUGCCUGUGAACCGAAUAACAUCACAGUGCAAAAUAAAAUUAUCACAAAAAUACUGCCCGUUAAUAAAUUUAUAACUCUGAAAUUUUUGUCACUCCUUCCUUCAAUGAAUGGGUAUUUUUUUCUUGAUUAUUAUGUUUUGCUCUGCAAGACAUGUUUAUACAGAUCGGUUCACAGACAUGGGCAUCAUUGUCAUUCGUCCCCCCUGGCUGAGGUGCGAAUUCCUCGCAGAGCUGCCGCUCGUGCUCAUUUUCUGGUCAUAAACAAAGGUGCUCGACAGUUCUAUCUGAGCUUCGAUACAAGGUAGCUUACAAUCCCAAUACCUUUUUCCUGAAUUGGAAACAACGUACAGCAGGAGAAGCCGUUGAGGAUGCAUUGCAAUACAUCAAAAUGUAUGUAGCAGGAGUUUGAACUAAAACUGCCAAGGUAUAUUUCAAAAAUGUCGAGGAACAAGUCAUUCGACGUCAGAGCAAAGUUUGGUGCAAUUUAUAGUGCUUCUAAAACUGAAAAGUACCUUUUAAAGAAUAGCACGAUAGGCAAUCGGCUUCCGUUUUCAGAAUUAGCAAACACUGAAUUUCCUUGUCCCUUAAAUUGAAACUGGUGUCUCCUUCUUCCUGAUAGUAAUUUAUUUUUGAAAUUCCAAAACAAUUUCACAGCUGAAUUUUGAGCGACUUUUAGUUACGGACUUCUGCUCCAACGAUUUUUCUGAAAUUCCUCUGGCAUAUUUAUUAUAUCAAUUAAAGCCGAUACCAGAAAUUUCAGUAAAAAAUAUCAGCAAAAUUUUUUAUUAGACGCGAUUUUCUUUGAACAGUAGGGUCCUUUAAAGCUCUAAUUUCUUAAGAAAUAUUUACCAUCAAUGAAAUCGGAAUACUUCGUAUUAUUGCCGAAUGAUAUCUGUUGUUCUUUGCAAAGUUUCGCAGCCAUCGCGUUAAAAUCGAAAAAGUUAUGACGGAAAAUUUGUCACAGCUAAAUGCUCUUGUAUUAAUUACGGAGCCACCUUAAUUCAGUUAAUCAACUAUAGCGCUGCUAGUGCAAUGAUUUCAAUAAAAGCCGGUUACCGGCGGUUUGCCGCCGCCUAUCAUGCCUCUUAAUUACCGCCUUCUAUUCAGUUUGUAUUUCUAAGAUUUCUAGAACUAAAUCAAUAAGUAAAUAAAGAAAAAAAGAAACGAAAAACAACGUCAAAAACCACGACUGAAAUUUUCGAAUCUUGAAAUGCAUGCUACAACAUCUUCCAUGACCAUGGCCAGGUAAAGUAGCUAAUAGUUCAGUCAAAACAAGGAUUGUUAGGUUUGUAUCAGUUAAGAGAUUUUCUUCUCAAACGAGAAAUCUCGUGUUUCAAGGAUCAUAGUUGGCCGCCAUGUUGGUAUACAAAAAUGAAUAGCGACUGAUGCUCGAUUUAAAACAGUGCUUCAAACACGUUACUGCUGCAGUGGAUAUUUAAUGUCAUCGACAUAGCGAAAGAAGUUUUCAAAGUGCAUCUUUAAUAAAUCUAAAACAUUAUUAGCUUCUUCCAAAACUGUGUCCAUUGGUCAAUAAAAGUAAUCAUAAACAACACUCUUUUUGGUUCCCAGAAUGCUGGAAAUUGCAUUUCCGAGCUUCUAAAUUUCAACUUUUUCUGGGGGAGCAUGCCCCUAGACCCCCCCAGUGAAAAGCCUUACGGCCCCUUUUGUUGUCACAGCCGCCUGAUCUACCUCCAGCAGCCGCUUGUAAAAAAACUUAUUGAAACCCCUGCUAGUGUGUUCUCUAAUCAUUCUGUUAGUUUAGGUAACUUUUCGGUGCCUUGUAGAAAGACUGAAAUAAUUCUGAUGAAUGACCAAUCUCAGAACGCAUUUUUAUUUACCAAUUUGAAUUAGAAAGUGGCAGACACAUGUAGUUAUCAAAUGGACAAAUUUUACUGAGAAUAUGAACUUUCGUAGAAUCAAUACCCGCCUUUUCAAUGAAACCAAGAAAGAGGCUAGAAGUCGAAGUGAAAUGUGAAACCUAGAGGACUCAAACAACAACUACAACACAACAACAAAAUGAUUUUACUUUCCGUAUAUCACCAAUAGGACACUUUUCAUACUGGAACAAAGGAAAUCUAGAGCUGGGUAAGAUAUACCCAUCUUGAACGAUCAACAAAUAUGGAAAUCAAGUCUUUAUCUUGCCCACUUGCUGAACCAGCCAUACAUGUAUAAUAAAUCAUCUCAUCAUCGGUUUUAUCACUUACAACAGAAACAUUCCCUUAUGGAGCGAGUAGCUCACCAGACAAUCAUUAUGCAGUAUAUACUGGAGCUGGCCAAGUCAUUAGAUGCUGCUCCGCAAGCCACUGUACACUCAUUCUUUACCAAGUAAGUACAUUUUUGGCAUUUUUUCCCCUAGCCUACAUUAGUUACCGUAUUUCAUUAGCUAUAUCAUUACAAAGCAUGCGUUGACAGGUGUCACAUAUGAACCUAUGCUAGCAAAUGGCUUAGUAGCCUUACCAGAAGUAUCUCCGUAUCAUCAUACAGUACUCUUUCAUCGUUGCUGAUCCAAGCAGUAUGUAGGUCGUGUGUCACAAAAGAAUCUAUAUAGUAAAUGGCUUAGAAGCCUUACCAUAAUUGUGUCCCCAUCUUUGUAAAGUACUCUUUAAUCACUGUUGAUCCUAGCAUUAUGCAGAACAUGUGUCACAUAUAUGGUAUCAUGAACCUAUUAAAUGGCUUGGUAGCCUUUAAUACCAUCAUCGUCUCCGCCUCAUUAUACAUUACUAGCAGUAUGCAGGGUGUGUGCCACAUAUGAACCCAUAUACUGAUAGCAUGGUUCAUCUCGAAUUCUUCCAUGCCAUAGCUAUAAUCCUGAGUUUAUUGUAAAAUGAAACCGGUGAGUUUUCAUGGUAACUAAACCUGGAUUAAAAAAGGCAAGUUAGUAUAGUCGACAACCAGGCCCAUAGAUUAGAGGUUAACACAUAGUGUGUAUUUACGUUUGACCUUGUUAUCUUUCUAAGGAUGAAAAAAGCAAAAACUGACUUCAAAGAGUACAUGGAGGCCUUUGAUGACGAACUCAAGUCGUUUUUAGUGAGAGUCAAAGAAAGAGCUGAGGCCAGGAUUGAGAGAGCUAUGAAGGAAGCUGAAGAGGUGUGACUCAAAAACAGGAAGAAUACACGAAAUAAAGCCGAUUCAAAAACGUAUUUUCUAAUUCAUGAAGAAAAAACAAAAGAAACGAAUGUUUAAUGAGUGUCUUUUUAUCUGGUAGGGACACGGCUAAACUUUACGUCCAAUUUUUUAGACCAAAAUAACACCAGUUCUAAACAUUAAUGCAAGAAUGAGUUCAUCGAUAUCAGAGAUUUUGAAGCCGCUCAAAAAACUCGCAAUCAUGUAUUUUCAGGUGUAAAAACUCUCGGCUUCGCCUCGAGUUUUUAAACCUGAUAAUACACUCCUGGACCCAGUUGUUUGAAGUCCGAUUAGCGCUAACCCGGGGUUUAAUUUUAAUUCGGGUCUGUUUUUCUUUUGUUCAAAAGCAUUUCAGAGCAUUCGAUUAACAAACUAUAUGCAAAGAGAAAUAAAAACAGAAUGUUAUUUUUAAGCUUUCAUAAUGAUCUGAAUUAAAAUUUCGCACCAACCCUGGGUUGUCUUAACCCAGCUUUGAACAACCCGGCCCUGCUCGUUUUUUAAACAGUACUUUAACUUUAUUCAGAAGCGUCCACCCGCGGGAAGGGACAACUGGCAGCUUAAGCCUUUAAGUCACGAGAGUGAUCAUGACCAACAUCAGUUUUCUCCUAACAAUUUCAGUACAUAAUCUAGAGUAAAGGUUUUGAGAAUUAUCUUUAAACACAAAAAAAUUCUCUCCAAAAUUCUCCCAUUUGGCAGGAGGCAGAUCACUAUUUUACUAGAGUCUGUUUUCCAUCUUGCUUUUGCCUUUUGAGUUGGCAUUUUUUGUCGUUUAGUUUUUCCAAAACUUGUGCUCAUUGUAAGCUGUUCUUGUCAGUCGUUAUCCUGCUCUUUCCUGUGAGUUCCACCGCGGUCUGACGUCUAUAGCGUUUUUUUGUUUCAUUUACCAUUUUAGUGAAACAUUUAUGGCAAUAAUAAGAAUUAGUUUACGUAACUAUCUUGACACUAUUCUGGAGGUAAUAAACUUCUAUUUCGUUGAAAAUACUUUGCGAACAACUACAAUUAUGUUGCAAAAUAGCGUCGUCAGUAUAGUCAAUUUCAGUUUUCCAACACUCAGAACGGUUAAGAAAACUUUCACGAAGUUUAGUAAAUUAAUAGUUAACAGCGUAUUGGCCUUUCACUAAUUGGAGAUCGAAAGUAACAACCUUUGCUUUAAAGUAUUUUGCUAAGCUUUUGCAAAUAAUAUUUUUCUUGUUUAACUGCGUGAAACUGUGAUCUCAGCCACCUUUUAAUACAAUGUACGUUGUUAUGUUUUAUUUUUCAGGAGGAUCGUCAAAAGAGACUCGGACCUGGAGGCCUGGAUCCUGUGGAGGUUUUUGAAUCAUUACCACCGGUGAGUAUGUUGUCGAGUGUCGCAACAGACCGCGCGUAUUCUUGCCUGGGUGACCGUAGGCUCGAUUUCUGCCGCUCUCGGGUCCUACCAAACAGCGUCGGGCUGUUCAUCGAGCCUAGAGUGACUGCAACAGCGUAAGGCUAACUAUUGCGGGCGGGUGACAGUUCCCUCACUCUGUAGGAGAUAGAGCACACCGACGGAAACGAGGUCCCCUGAUGUUUUCGAAAAGUAGACUGGGUUACGGCCCCUCUAACUGACAAGGAAGGAUGACGGAGACAACGCCAACGGCUCAACGCACUGCCCAAUAAUUUGAUAUUCUUAAGUGAUGUAAGCAAUUCUCUACCACAUAAUGUCCCUAAAAACGUCAUAAAAAAGCUUCAAUCGGUACAGAAUGCGGCUGCCAGACUGAUUACACGCUCUAGGAAGUGUGAUCACAUCACUCCUAUCCUCUUCGAUCUUCACUGGCUACCUGUUUCUGAACGAAUUUAAUUCAAGAUUUUACUACUUACAUUCAAGUCUUUGCAUCAGCAAUCCCCAACGUACAUUCAAGACUUAAUCACCCGCUACUUACCGUCUAGAUCGCUUCGGUCAUCUUUUACGCUCAGUCUGAAUCCUGUUAGCUUUAACCUUAAGACCUAUGGGUCUAGAGCAUUCGCUGUCUUCGUCCCUGAACUUUGGAACAAACUACCUGACGACAUACGAUCAUGCGAGAAUCUAAGUCUUUUUAAGCAAAAACUUAAAACCUACCUUUUUAAAAACUAUUAUUUUGGUCAUUAGGAAGAUUUAGCUUCAGCUUCGACUUUUUAGCUGACUCUCUGACCAGUUCAUUUACCAUAUUUGGUCAUCAUUGAGCAGGUUUAUGGCUGAAGCUGAUAACCCUUCUCCGUUGAGCCGAGUCCCGACCAAAAUGCAGGAAAUCCAUACAUGACCUUAGUCCAGUUUUUAAUAAUCACCAUUUAAUAUCGAAAAUCUCAAUAAAUAUUCUCUUUACGUUACCACAAAAUUUGACAACUGAGGGCUUAUUCCAAGUUUCUCAGUUAUUUCAAGGCUGUUGCAUUUUGCGUUUUCACAUUUCGCGUUAAAAAUAUUGUUUCAUUUUGCGUCGAUAAGUUGUUACAUUUUUUGUCAGAAUUUGUUACAUUUCGCGUCAAUGUUACACUAUGCGUCAAAAGUUGUUACAUUUGGCGUUAAUGUUUCAUUGUGCGUCAUUUUGCGGCGUAACAACCGGAUACCGCAUGCGUGAUGAGAUCAUGAUAAUUGAAAGGUAAAUACUUAUCCAGAAGAAUGUUAAUUUCCAAAACCAACUUUUUUUUCCAGGAGCUUCAAAAGUGCUUUGAGGAAAAAGAUAUUCCGAUGUUGCAACAAGUUCUCGGUAAAAUGCCGGAAGAGGAAGCCAGAGGGUAUUUGAAAAAAUGCAUCGACUCCGGCCUGUGGAUUCCUAACGCACAGGACACCCAAGCGAAUGCCGAAGCUGAAGAAGGUGAUGCGGAUGAUGAAGGAGAAGAAGAACAGUAUGAGGCUGUUAGAGAAGAGGCGGAACCGGAGAAAUAA